CAGCGCGCGCCUCAUUACCUUAAUCCAGCUCCAAAUCACCCCGCUUAAAAAUAUAUCGUAUCUCGCGCCAACCAAGAAGCUUGCGAGAACAGGGAGGGAGAGGGAGAGGGAGAGGGAGGCGUGGGUGCCAAGAACGGUUGCGGUGUUUGCAUUUGAGGGGGAAGGAAUUGAGGAGGUGGUUGAUGGCGGUGACGGCGACGACGGUGGCGGCGGCGACCACGAUGAUGGCGGCGGUGGCGGCCGUGUUCAUAUCGUUCGUGCUCUGCUUUUAUAUCUUCAUCUGCGCCAAGCGGUACAGGGGCGGCGCGGCGCCGCCGGGGGAGGGCGGGGUGGCGGCGAGGCUGUGGUUCUUGUUUGGUGGCGGGGGAGGCGGAGGAGGGUCAGGGGACGGCGCCGGCGCGUGGUGCUACGACGGCGGGCUCGACGAGGCGUCCAUGGCGAAGCUGCCGUGCAGGGAGGUGGUCAAGGGGGAGGAUGCGCUGGACUGCGCGGUGUGCAUCACGGAGCUCGCCGCGGGGGAGACGGCGCGCGUGCUGCCCCGGUGCGGCCACGGGUUCCACGUCGCCUGCGUCGACAUGUGGCUCAAGUCGCACUCCACCUGCCCGCUCUGCCGCUGCCCGGCCGUCGACGAGCCGCCGGCCUCGCCACCGGCGCCGCCGCCCGUGCAGGCGCCGGAGGCCGACCCGGAGUCCCCCAACUUCCCCACCAACGUGCUCUUCUUCGGAUCCCAGGACGAGGUGAGCACCGGCGGCGCGCAUGCGCAUGCGCAGCACGGCUCGCCCGCCGUAGCGACGCCUCAAUCGCCGGCCGCCAUGGUCGUCGCCGGCGCCGUCGUGGACGCGGCGAGGGUGCGCGGGCUGCGGCGACUUCUUGGGUGUGGCGGCGCAUCGCCGCCCCCACCGCCGCACCACCACCACCACCAUGACAACGCGGACAGGGACAUCGAGAUGGGCCUCUCCGGCAGCGGCGAGACCAGCUCGUCGCCGGCGAAGUCGCCACAUCCAAGUUCUUGACGCUGCAUCACGUAGCUUCCCCUUUUUUAAUUUCCACGUCUUUUUGUGUGCCGUCAUCACAAGUUUUGCCACUGUCCCGGUUGCUCCUGUUCAUCAUGUCUGUAAUUUUCAGAUAUAGAGGUAAAGAAAACUGUACAGAUUCUUAUAGAUAUCCAAUGUACUUACAAUUGUAUCUACAUUGCUUGUAUAUGUGGAUUGUGGAUAGAAAGAACAUGAACUGGAGAGACAUGGCGAAAAAAAAAAUCACACAAAAAAAAGAGAGAAAAAUUACAGUUUGGAUUCA